UCUGAAUUAAUAUUUUCAAUAUAUCGACAAAACCAAAGUAUUAUACAUAAUAUCCAAAAUGGAUGACUAUUCUAGAAUUGUAAAAAAUACUUUUAGUAAUAUUAGUCAUCGGUCUGCUUACUCACAGAUGAUAAUUGGAGUUACCUCAGGAUGGGCCACUGGGUUUGCAACAAUGAAAAUUGGGAAAUUUGCAGCAUUUGCAAUUGGCGGUGGCAUAAUUCUUAUGGAAAUAGCUCACCAAGAAGGAAUUAUCAAAGUUAACUGGCCAAGGUUGACAAAAGGUGUUUCUUCAAUAGCAAACAAAGUGGAAUCUUCAAUUCAGGGGCGUGAAAUGACCUGGGCCGAUAAGACUGAAAGAUAUGUCGAUGAUAAAAUGGAAAAAGCAGAGGGCUUGUUAAAAAGCAAUAGUAAAAAAGUAAGAAAGUGGUACACAAAACUUAUUGGCGAUGAAGAUGGCCCAAAAGUGAAUGAACUUCACAUAUUUACAGCAGCAUUUUUUGGUGGAGUUGCCUUAGGCAUAGCAACCGGUUAAUUUAUUUAUAAAUACCACAAAAAUGAACUUCAUUCGAGUUUUAUAUUUUGAGUUUUAUAUAAUACAAUAAAAAAUAGUGCUUGUUAAGCUUUUGUAGCA